CACAGUAUGCAACUAUGUUGAGAAUUCUUUCAAAAUGAUUUUGUUUGAUAAAACAUUUCUAUUUCUGUUUCAGACAUGACACCAGUGCUGGCAGAAGACUCUUGAAAUGGUUUCGGCCUCAGGAUGGACUGUAAAAGAACGUUAUGACAAACAAUGUUUCGGCAUAAAACGUAGCCAAGGCUUGUUUCACCCCGAGUCUCGGACCCUCACCUGGAUGUGUAUAAGGGACCAUAAUGUUUGUAUGUUUCCGACGGAUCAGAAAAUGCCAACUCCGACAGUUAAUGAUGAUGUGCUUUGUGUUGUCAGUGAUCAAGGUUUACUGGGAUUGUCUUGACAAUAACAUAGGCGGUCAUGUCAAGUCCUACUCUUUCCGCCUGCUCAACAGCUUGGACUUUAUAAGUGCCAACCUAACAAUUAGUCAUGAAGAAGCACAGAAAUUCAGCAACCACCGUUACUUAAUAAACCAUGAGCAGAAAUGUGUCAACCAAGACGUGCUACUCUUGCUGCUUGUAAAAAGCUCACCAGAGAACUUCGAAAGGAGGCAGGCCAUUCGGUCGACAUGGGGCAACGAGGUCUACAUCGAGAAGAACCUUGGCUUGACUGUGAGAGUGCUGUUUGCUCUUGGCAUCCACCCUCAACCAAUGGAUAGGAAGAAGCUUCAGCAAAGGUUGCUUUGGGAAGACCAAAUAUACCAGGAUCUAAUUCAGCAGGACUUUCUUGAUACCUUUCACAACCUAACUGUCAAGCUUCUCCUCCAGCUCAGCUGGACACAUGCCUAUUGCAACCACGCCCGCUUUCUCAUGUCUGCAGAUGACGACAUCUUUGUCCACAUGCCCAACCUGAUCCGCUACCUGCAGGAGGUCGACCGGACCGGCGUCAAGGACUUUUGGAUCGGCAAGGUGCAUCGAGGUGCUCCACCCAUUCGUAAGAAAGACAGCAAGUACUACGUGUCUCAUGAGAUGUACCCCUGGAUUCUCUACCCCGAUUACACCCCUGGAGCUGGUUAUGUUGUCUCCAGAGACGUGGCCUCUAGAGUCUACCAAGCUUCUCUCACCUUAAACGCCUCUCUUUACAUCGAUGAUGUCUUUAUGGGGAUUUGCGCGAAUGCGAUAGGGAUCUCGCCCCAAGAACACGUCUUCUUCUCUGGAGAGGGUAGGGCCCCUAAUCACGUCUGCAUCUACAACCAAAUGAUGACAUCACAUGGACAUGUCAAGGACUUCCACGAACUCUGGAAACUUGCAACAGAUCCUGAGGUACAGCGGGUUUCCUCAGGACUUUUUGGAAAGCUCUACUGCACUAUAACUAAAAUCAGACUCCUUUGUGUAUUACACACUUUAAACACCUACCCAUGUAAAGCAGCCUUUUCAUAGGGCCUGGAUUGGUAUGAAAUCCCUUUUUCCUCCCCCGCCUCUUCCUUUCCUUUUAGACCAACGCCUUUGUUCUAGGAGGAGAUAAUGUAUAUUUGUCAGUUUGAUGUUCUGGGCUUGGGAGUAUCUUGAAAUGAUUAGUAAACUACUUUGAAAAAAGAAAAAAAAACAACUCCAUGCCUUACUCAUAAUUACGUUUAUUUAUUUCCUUGCAGUGUUUGUCUUGUCUCCUAAACAGCGUAGUUGCAUCUUUUUUUUUUCUUUUUUUCUUUCUCCCAAACCCCUUAAGAGAAAUCAACAAUAAUGUAUAAUCUUUGAGUUUCUUGGGAACAGGACAUGUGGUUCUUCCAUAAACUGUUGCUGCAAAAUUGGAUGCACACAACUGUAUAGAAUGUCUUUGUAGGCUGUAGGAUUUCCAUUUCCCUUCACUGGAACUGAGGGGCCCAAGUCUGUUCCAGGUCCUUGAAGACAUGGUUUGCCAAGGUUGGAGUAGAAGAACUUGAGUGUCCUGCACAGAGCCUAGAAUGAGAUGUUCAAAAAGGGUGCAAUGGUCAGGUGUUAAGGGGGAAAAAAAACUUGUGCCCAUAUACUGUACCUGCAUUUUGAGCCAUCGUGUAUGAAAUUUGCCAGAAAUUUAUAUCAAGCUUCAAUACGGCAUCUGUUGAAGUUGAAGCAGUAUUCUAUUCGAAGCGAUUAUGAUGGGGUAUGGUUUGUAUGUGACUGCUCCAAACCCAUGCUCGGAGGUGAUUCAUUCCACAUAUUGGUGCAGAGAAGCACCAUGGACCUCGGGUCUGACCGACACCACCAUGUUGCCAAAUCACAUCUUGCUGAUAUUAGAUUCCCACUAUGAGCCUUCUUCAGUUCAUCGUUUGUGUGCAGCUGUACGUGAAAGCC